AUGAUUGCCGUGUUGAAAGUGGAGGGGGAGUGGGGGGGAAAUUCCCAGUCAUGGGUAUCUUUUCCAGUUUCCUCUUUUGAGGGCUUUGAAUUGCUUAUAAAUACCCUCUCUGAGUCUAAGAGCACACAAGACAAGCUCCAUCUCCCUUGGGUUUGCCUUUCUGCAGUGCUCCGUGUGAGGCUUGGGCCAGGAACCAUGAGGCUUUAUGUCUGCCUCGUGUUGCUCUCCCUUAUUCUAUGCGCAAAUGCUGACAUGUCACCGUUACGCCGAGCUGCAGAAUUUGUCCGGGAUGCUGUGGGAGGGGCCAGGGAUAUGUUCAGAGCAUACAGUGACAUGCGCGAAGCAAAUUUUAAAGGUGCCGACAAGUAUUUCCAUGCUCGUGGGAAUUAUGAUGCUGCCCAAAGAGGACCUGGCGGUGCUUGGGCAGCCAAAGUGAUCAGUGACGCCCGGGAAAAAUGGCAAAGCGACGUGAGCGGCCGAGGUGACGAAGACACCCAGGCUGACAUAGAGGCCAACAACUGGGGCAGAAACGGCGGGGAUCCCAACCGCUAUAGACCCGCGGGCCUUCCCGAAAAAUACUAACCCCCCCCGCCCCGAGGCCUCAUCUCUGCUCCCCAGUUAAACCUCUUCUGUGCAGCCGAAUAAAGAAAUUCUCCUGAAAA